AGUGAAUCAUUUUUCUCAGCGAAAGGCAGCUCCGAGCUCAUUCAGCACGAGCGCGCGCGUGAACAUCACCGCUGGAGGGACAGCUGUUCACUUUGUGUUUUUUAAAAAGCAAAAAUGGAUAAAACGUCACGUGAGCUGAUUGUGUAUCGCCUGUACGGACUCAGCGCGUGUUUACCGGUGCGGUUUUAUUUCCGUUUCGGUUUUAUGAAGUUUCAAGUGUAGAGUUUGUAACUUCUCUUGUAACGUGUGUGACUCUAAUCUACACGCCGUGGUGUCUUCAGGGGCUUCAGGCUCCAUGGAGGCGAGCUGUUGGAUUUUGACGCUUUGAAUAGCCUGUAAACAAAAAUAAUAAUAAUAAAAUAAAAGUAUUUAGUGGUUUUGAAUGGACGUUAUGCAAACCGACAACCAGACCUGUCAUAACACACGGAACGUGGAGAUAAACGCGAGCCCGGUGAUAAGCGCGCUCAUGUUCGCGGCGGGUGUGCUGGGCAACGCGACCGCGCUCCUGCUCAUCGAGGUGCGGCGACGGAAAGAGCGCAGCCGCAAGCAGCACGAGCAUCACCGGCGCACCUUGUUCCACGUGCUCGUGACCGCGCUUGUGGUCACCGAUUUGGCGGGCACGUGCUUGAUCAGCCCUCUUGUGCAAGCCGCUCACGCGCUCAACACCACGCUGACUGCCAUGAGCGACAACAGGAGCGCGUGUCACUACUUCGGCUUCGCCAUGACUUUCUUCAGCCUGGCCACGCUGUCGCUGCUGCUCGCCAUGGCGCUCGAGCGCUACCUCUCUAUCGGCUACCCGUACCUGUACGGGCGGCGCGUGAGCACGCGCUGCGGCUACGUCGCCAUCCCGUGCAUGUACGCGCUGUGCGCGCUCUUCUGCUGCAUGCCCUUUGCGGGGUUCGGCAGCUAUGUGCAGUACUGCCCCGGCACCUGGUGCUUCAUCGACAUGAACCCCAAAAAGAGCGCGGACCGGGUGUUCGCCAACGUGUACGCCACCGUCAUGCUGUUCAUGGUGCUCGCGGUAGCCGCGUGCAACUGCUUCGUGGCUUAUCACCUGGUGCUGAUGUACCGAAGGCGCACGCUAAACCGCGGAACCUCGGUCACGCGCAGCCGGAAGGACCGAAGACCCUUUUCUCUCUCACAGGAGGUGGAGUAUCUCAUCCUGUUAGUCAUCAUGACAGUUAUAUUUGUCAUAUGCAGCCUUCCCUUAAUGAUCCGAGUGUACAUUAACUCUAUGCAGAAUUGCAACGAGAGCAAGACUGACCUUAUCGCGCUACGCUUCAUCUCCAUCAACUCCAUCAUCGACCCGUGGGUGUUUAUCAUCCUCAGCCCCUCUAGGCUACGUUUCCUUUUGGGGGCACUGUGCAAGGCCGGAAGCAGGAACUCAAUCUACAAAACCUCGCUGGCCAAAAACUCAGAAGGGCAGCUCGAUCAGUGCCAAAACAUCACCGCUGAGAUCACACACCUGAGCAAAGCUGCUCAGAUGAUAUGACGAAGGAUUUUACUUGAAACUGAAAAAAAAAUGUAUUUCCCAAACCCCGAGGAUGCACUUGGGAUUCCCAGAUGUUGUAACAUCAGCAGAGGGGUUUGGUGAGAUUGUGUUUUUUUUUUCCAAAGGCUUAUUUAGAGUCCCCAAGAGUCAGGCCAUUUUGAUUGGCAGAGAGAUACGAACUCCAUGGUGACUGAGGCCUGGAAAGGUUGUUGCUGUCGUUGUUGUUGUUAUUGUUGUUGUGUUAGAAACCACUAAAGUAAAUGUUUUUUUUAGAGUAAAGACUGAAUGUGCUCAGCUCUUAAAAAAAACAACAUGACUGACGACAUGACGUAUGUCAUUCCACAGGACCAUCAGGAUAAGUUACAUGUGUUGCAUAUGAGAAAGUGGCCUAUUGUGGUGUGUUUUACUGCUAGAAAAACAUCUAGGAUAGACAAAUGGACCAAGUUUGUUCCAUAAAGUUGAUUUGCGUGCAUGCAUCACCCCAUGUUGCCUCUUUUAUGGUGCUUAAUGGGGAAUCAGUGGAACAUGUAGUCUCUUUUUCUAAAGCAAGUCAUGCGAGUUGUAGACUUCAUGGAAAGAUCAAUAAAGCUAAACUGCAGAGACGGAUCAUUCUUAUGUCGUUAAGACAUAAAGCGUUUAUUGAGAGUUAAUUGCAGUGACACUGCGUCAAAUGUUCAUCUGCCCUUAAGCUGUCGUGCUAAAUUGUGAAUCUGUUAUUAAUUUAAACGGGAGUUACGAAUUUCAGACCAUUUGUGUGCCAAUGUGUUCGUGUUUUAAUGUCGUAUGUAUGAUAAUGUGCUGAAAAUGUGUUGUACAAAUUCAUGUGUAUUUCAGGAAGCUGAUAUAUGGGUUCAAAAUGUACCUCAUUUCAUGCAGUACUGAGAUUGCAUUUGCACUGAGCUGUGAAAAAUGUCAAGCUUGUGUUUGUGUGUGCGAUUAAUACAAUGUAUGAAGCAUUGUUGUGAAACUAUGGGUCAGGUUUGUUUGACUUCUGUCAGCAGCAUUAAUAAGUCCACAGAGUCACAAGGCAGAAAAAAAAAAGUUUGAUUUAUCACCAGAGCUGUAAUAUUGUGUACUAUUGAAAUACUCUGGUUUUUUUUUUGUUUUUUUUUUUGUUUCACUACAAACGGAUUUGUUUUUGCUGGCAUUCCCAUUGGUUUCACCACCAAAAAUCUAUUGGACUGAAACCGAACAUCUGUUGAUGCUGGCGGUUUUGCAGAUUUUUACAAGAAACAGCAAAAUCACAUCCGUGAGUCACCCAUCUGAGAAAAACAGUAGGAAUGUUUAAUAUCAUAAUCAGAACUGUAUGCUACCUUGUCAGGCACGUGAUUUCGCUGUUGCUGACGCCAUUUUCGGGACCAAAUUUCUGCCUUCCCUGCAAAACACGAAUGUAACCAGAGAUGAAAGAUUACAACUUUAUUUCAGAAGAGAAUAAACAGUACUUCUUCAAAGCCAA